CAUUUCAGACUUUUCCUUUUGGUCGACAUCCCUUCUCUGCUCAUGGGAUUAUAAAUACGCAUUACCUCUGAUAGAAAUGCUUUAGAGGAAAAUCAAGAGAGACAGAGAGAGAAUUAAUCAAGUUCAGUGUAAAGAUGGCGUAUAACGUUUUUGGUAACCCCAUCACGGAUGAAACUUUGAAGGGGAUGCCAGAGUAUGCCGACAAGCAAAUAGGAAGAUUAGCCAAGGCAUAUGUGGCGUUGAAUGUGAAAAAUGCCGCGGAGAAGGGCUUCAAGGCUCGAACACAUGUGGAGAAACUGAAGGAGCAGUAUGGCGACGGAGUCUCCACACUCUGCCUUGUUUACAAUGCAACUGGGCACACCAUAAGAUAUGUUUAUAAGAAAGAUUGGUAUGGGCACAUCGGGAAGGCACCAUACCCACCACUGAUUGCAAAUGGUCAGUGGGGUGCGUUUCUGCACGUCAAAACUGCUGGAGAGUCUUCUGGAUCCAAUGCUGCUGUUGUAUACCGAGGCCUAAAUAUUGUUAACGAGGAAUGCGACUGGAUGUUGUCUUGGAGCAACCCCUGGGACAGGACUAAAUCGGACAACACGGUCUAUACAGAGGUUCGCAAAGCUGGCCACUUUGAUACUGCUUGGGACGAAAUCUAUAAAAACUUGGACAAUGUUCAAGAGAACAUAAAGCACGCAUCGAAUGGAUGCGUGUCAAUCAUGUCAACUGGCAGUGGCACUUCCCCAAUUGUUGAAGCAAUACUCACUUUAGACCUUCCCGUAGAGAUGGUCAAUAACGUUUUUGGCAACCCCAUCACCGAUGAAACUUUGAAGGGGAUGCCGGAGUAUGACGGCAAGGAAAUAACAAGAUUAGACAGGGCACGCGUGGCAUUUAAUAUGAAAUAUGUCGGGGAGAAGAGCCUCGACGCUCGAACAUAUGUGGAGAAUCUGAAGAGGGAGUAUGGCCUCGGAAUCUCCACACUCUGCCUUGUUUACAACGCAACUGGGUACAUGAUAAAAUUUCAUGCUAGGAACGAUUGGCAUGGGCACAUCGGAAAGGCACCAUACCCAGAUGUGAUUUUAAAUGGUCAGUGGGGUGCGUUUCUGCACGUCCAAACUGCCGGAGAGUCUUCUGGAUCUAAUGCUGCUGUUGUGUACCGAGGCCUAAAUAAUGUUAGCGAUGAAUGCGACUGGAUGUUGUCUUGGAGAAACAGGACUGGCACUGACACCACGGUCCAUACAGAAGUUCGCAGAGCUGGCGACUUCGAUGCUGCUUGGGACGAAAUCUCUACACACUUCGGAAUGGCGUCCACAACGCACAUAUCGAAUGGAUGGGUGUCAAUCAUGUCAAUCAUGUCAAUCAUUUCAACUGGCAAUGGCCCUUCCCCAAUUGUUGAAGCAAUACUCACUUUAGAAAAUGUUUAACUUUGUUUUGUGUGGAUUGUCUGCCCUCCCAUUUUCAUACUUUUUCCAUUCUCUUUUAUUUUGUGUGAUCACGGUUAAGUCACGUCAAUAUUUUAUAUUCUUAUUAUUUUAUAUUUUAUUAUUUUUAUAAAAAAAUUAAUAUAAAAUAUUGACGUAUCUUAACCUUGACCACACAAACCAAAAAGGAUGAGAAGAGUAUAGAAAUGGGAGCGCAGACAAUCAACCUCCUUUUGCAUUUGUAAUACUUUAUUUUCUCGUAUGUGCGGGGCCCUUCAAUUAAUCUGGGAUGCAUAACAAAAAGGUGUCAACCAAAUACUAUCCCAUGUUAAUUCUAUUAUUACAAUAAAAGGCCUGUAGUUUGAAUUUGAAUCUACUAAGCUUAAUAUUGUACUAUUUCACAAUAACGGAAUGGAUUCCAAGUUUCUAUA